CCCCUCCCAUCAUAAUAUUCACUUUACCCUCCUCAUCCUCUUGCUAGUCGUCUUCUCCAUCAUCUCCAUUAUUACUAUAGCUACUACCACAGUACGAGCCAAACACGCCACUCACACGGAUGACUGACUCUUCAUUCCACAUCCACUCCAGUCCAGUCCCGAGGCUCCAGCAAAGCAUAUAAUUUCCCGGAUUAUGGAAAUUAUCUCGCCACCACCACCACCCACCACCACUCACCACCACCACCACCACCACCCCAAGUAGUUAGUUACUUAGUUGUUUCUGCUAUGUGUAUAUAUGAAGGUUGUUUAGUCUAGAUUUUCAGGUGGAAAGCAUAUUUGUAUUUGUUGGUUGGUCAUCCAAGGAAACAAACCAUCAUAAUACGAGGAAACACAACACAGCAGUCUACUCUUCUUCCACUCCUCAGGAUUAGAAGCAUUAGGAUUAGGAUUAUAGCGAUAGGAUGGUGUCCGUAGAAGAUUCCCAUUCCCAUACUUACUCUCACUCCAUUCCCAAUUCCACCUCUCGUUUCCCUCAAACGCCUCAACAACACCAUUACUAUUACACUCCCCCGCCCCUCUCUUCUUCUGCUAAACUUCACCGCUCCAUGGGCCGUUCCAUGCGCACUAUUCGCUCCAAUUUCUUCCAAAUCCAUGACGCCUCCCCCGACCACCCUUCCCUUCUCUCCCUUCCCCAAAUUUCUACCAAUGUUUCCGAAAAUUUGUCUGACUCCGCCCUCAUCGACCUCCGUCUCGGCGAACUCGCCACCAAAACUGCCUCCCACACCCCCGCCGGAGGGGUUCGGGAUCCCGCCGCCCCGUUCGUAACUGAGGAUUUUACUUACCUUGACAUGAUUUCCCGUUCCUUCGGCAGCGACUUGUCCGCCUGCUCCAGCGACAUCUCCGGCGAGCUCCACCGACUCGCCACUGUCCCCGAUCCUGCCCCCAUCUCUGAGCUCCAGCCCCAGGACGAGCCCGAACCCUGCACUGGCUUUCUCCAGAGGGAAACCUUCUCCACUGAGAUUAUCGAGAGUAUCUCGCCGGAAGACCUUCAGCCCACCGUCAAACUCUGCGUAGACGGACUCAAUUCCUCCUCCGUCGCAGUUCGAAGGUCGGCGGCAGCUAAACUGAGGCUCCUGGCCAAGAACAGGGCCGAUAAUCGGGCUCUCAUUGGCGAGGCUGGAGCUGUCCCGGCCUUGAUACCGCUGCUCCGGUGCUCAGACCCCCUGACGCAGGAACACGCCGUCACGGCCUUGUUGAAUCUUUCCCUCCAUCAAGAUAACAAAGCUCUGAUAGCUGACGCUGGAGCUGUAAAAUCACUCGUUUAUGUGUUGAAAACCGGCACCGAGAUCUCGAAACAGAACGCUGCCUGCGCCCUGCUGAAUUUAGCUUUAGUCGACGAGAAUAAUAAAUUGUCAAUAGGCGCAUGCGGGGCUAUUCCUCCGCUAGUGGCCUUGUUGAUAAAUGGGUCCAACAGAGGGAAGAAAGAUGCUUUGACAACUCUCUACAAGCUUUGCUCGGUCAAACUGAACAAGGAGAGGGCGGUGACUGCCGGCGCGGUGAGGCCGCUGGUGGGUUUGGUCGGAGAGCAAGGGACAGGGUUGGCAGAGAAGGCGAUGGUUGUGCUGAGUAGCUUAGCUGGGAUUGAAAUGGGCCGCGAUGCAAUUGUGGAGGAAGGUGGGAUUGCUGCCUUUGUGGAGGCUAUUGAAGAUGGCUCUGAUAAGGGGAAGGAAUUCGCGGUGUUGACAUUAUUGCAGCUUUGUGGGGAUAGUGUUCGGAACAGAGGGUUGUUGGUCAGGGAAGGGGGGAUCCCUCCCCUUGUGGCGCUGUCUCAGACUGGGACUGCUAAGGCUAAGCACAAGGCUGAAAGGCUUCUGGAGUACUUGAGAGAACCAAGACAAGAGGCUUCUCCUUCAACCCCGUAGAAGGUAUUGAUUGGUUGCCUUCAUAUCAAACUAUCAGCGCUUGCUGUGGUUUGGUUUGUUUUUGGCUGUAUAUAGGAAGGAAGGAUUUGGAUAGUUUGUACAGAGUGAAGCAGAGUUUGGGAUUCUACUAUUGAGUGGGGAAAACAUAUAUACUGCUAGGAAAUAGUAGUAUGAAGAGCUGACUUUUAGAAGCAUUAUUAUUUUUAAUUAUUAUCGGGUAGGUCUUUUUGAGGGUUUACAUCCCUCCUCCAUUAACACUACUAUUGUACGGCGUUGUGGGUGAGAUUUUGGUUGCCUGGUUUUGGUUUUGUUUGCUAAGGAUUUGGAUUGUAAUCCUGUAGUUUGUUUUUGGAUGUCCAAAUUCAUUGAAACUGAUAAUAAGUGAUUAUCUGAUUCCUAUAAACAUGCGGAGUGUUAUUGGUCAUU